AUGCGGGAGCGGGAGCGCUGGGUGACAAGUGCAGCUCCACAGCAGGAAGCACGGACAGCCUCACAGGACUCACGGACCAUUUUGCCCCAGACACAAAUCAGCCAGGGCCUGGCGAAUAAUGAACAUUACAAUCGAUCUUCUGCAGCUACCUCUUAUGAAAUCGCCGGUCUCACUGGACUCCACACCCGAUUACCCCCGCCCAUCGAUGAGACCCGCCUCGCAGCCUCACUCAUCUUCAAUAUCCCCGAUCGCACCGGACAGCCCAAGUCCACGCCACUUCCAGCCAUACAAAUCCCCGCCGCGCUUCCGCAUCGGGUUCCACACGUCGGCGCAAGCAUUGUUAUUGAUGGUGGCCUGCACGGAACAUUUGUAUCAUCGGGAAGCACAGCUGGCACUUAUCUGAUCAAGCCCUUUGUGGCGGGACUCACCCGAGUCUCAGGACCAGUCAUGCCUGCGCAGGAUCACGAGCAACCCGACCGGCGUCAAGGCUCAGCGAGCUCCGGAUUCUCGCAGGAGACAGUACGGAACAACGAGAACUCACGUCGGGCUCCAAAUGCUUCCUUCAACGGUCGCAAUGACGACAUCUUCCCAGGCAACCUGAUGGACAGAUCCAACGCGUCCCAAGGUCCGAUCAAUUUUGGACAGUUCAGAUGGUCCCCAGAAGUCUCCCCAACAGAAGACCGCAAAGGCUCCGGGUACAGCGGUCACCGUAAGGCGCUGGCUGUUCUCGGAGCCGGCGACGAAGCCGCUCGAUCAAUGUCCAACAGUCCGCGACCCCCGCCUAUCAAUCUUCCUCCCCAUCACGAUGAAAUGGACUCGAUUGCUCCGUGGGCUACGACGCCUGGCACUUCAGCUGGCCAAACGUUCUUCAACAAUGAUUCCGAGUUCGAGCAGUCCCCUGCAUCCGCAACAUUCCGUCGUCCAACGACCGGGCGCACCGCGUCGAGUGAACCGGCCGAUUUAGAUUGGAAUGGAGACCGACGAAGGCCAUCCGCUGUGAGCAUGACGAGCAGCCAAGGUUCGAGGUCAAGCCAGAAGCGCUUGAGAAAGAAGACCAAGACAUCAGUCGGAGAAGACAACUCGGGGUUUGAUGAGCCCGAAGAUGGCCCAUCAAAUCCACCGAGCAGACAAGCAACUGGGUCGCAGCGGCCCUCACGGCCACGAGCUGAGGGUUCUCUGCCUUCGAGUGACAUAACUCCAUGGGUGUAUCAAAGCUAUCAUGACAUUCCCCAGUACGGGGAAGCUCCGGUAAGACAGGUGCCUAUUGGACCUGACGGUCAGCGUCUUCCGUCCCGCGCUCCUAGUACUGCCAACAGAGACACAAGUCGAAGAGCGCACAAUGGACACCGCCAUUCUCGAAGCAAAGAAGAGAAACCUACGCUCGCAGGGGAUCUUGCUGGAUACAACGCCCGUUCAGGUGGGUUCGACGACUUCAAUGUCGGCCUUAGACCCUGGAAUGACAGUCACCUCACCUCAUAUACUGCUAUGAGUUCUUCUACCAAUCUCGGUGGACGUUCGACUAGCCCAACACCAAGCGUGCAAAGCGCGGUCUACCGUGAGCAAGGCCAAAACUCGCCUGGGGGCCCACCCAACAAAAGUGGCAUACUUGGCAGAAUCGGACGACACUUGCUGCCAGGGCAGGGUAGCAUCGAAGGGCCCUCUGGCAGUGGCCGCAAUUUGGAAUCAUCCGACUCCGGUAGCAUUAAAAAGGAAUCUGGGAAGGGCCUUGGUGGUAUCCGGGGGCCCAAGUUCGGCAAUCGCCGCUUUGCCAGCAAUCUGACCGGUGAUCUUGGCCCGCGAGACGGAGCACACCAUGGAGAAGAAGAUAAGCAUGUCUUCAAACUCGACACUGAUCUAAAGAAUGUGGAUGAUAUUGUGCGUUCCACUUCACCAAGCCGCAUGCUCCAGGGAACGGAAGGAGCUGCUACACCUCAUGAACCUCUGACCCGGCCUGAUACCCAGGCGAGUUUGGGUGCCGACAGUUGGCAUGCGCCUGAUAGUUGGCAUGUCAAGAAGCAAAACGACCUUUUAGAUGCCGACGAAGGCGGUCGUAAGCCGACUGCCAGUCUUCGUGAUCGAAAUGGUUCAUCUUACUUCAUCCGAGUUUUCCGCAUCGAUUCCACCUUUGCUACUCUUUCAGCUGGCCUGAACGCAACUGUUGCAGAAAUCCUCUAUAUGCUUGGGAAAAAGUCGUUCUUGCAGGAUCAUCUCAACAACUAUGAGAUAGUGUUCAGAAAGAAUGACUUAUCUCGGCAGCUUGAUCAUAAAGAAAGGCCAAUCUUCAUGCAGAAGCAACUUCUGGAACAAGUCGGCUAUACUGAAAGAGACCGGAUAGAAGAUAUUGGUCGUGAGGACCAUAGCUAUCUCUGUCGCUUUAUAUUCUUACCGACGAAGCUCAGCGGAUACACCAGCCUGGAAGCUGACCCUGGCUUCAACAAGAUGCAAAAGUUCAACCACGUGGAUCUCCAAGGCAAGAGCCUUGUCACAAUCCCUAUUACACUAUACAAGAAAUCAUCGGAGAUCAUUUCCUUGAACUUGUCCAGGAAUCUCUCCCUGGAUGUGCCAAAGGAUUUCAUCCAGAGCUGCAUAAACUUAAGGGAGAUCAAGUUCGUUGGAAACGAGGCUUCGUAUCUUCCCACAAGUUUCAGUUUGGCCAGUCGCUUAACCUACCUGGAUGUGUCAAACAAUUUCCUGGAGAAUUUGGAUGAGGCACAGCUUGACCAGCUCCAAGGUUUGGUCAGUAUCAAACUCUCAAACAAUCAGUUGACGAGCCUGCCUAGCUACUUUGGAAAUUUUAGUUCCUUGAGAAGUCUGAGCAUGUCCUCGAACAGCUUCAAGGUCUUUCCGGAAUUCAUUUGCAACCUGAAGAGCUUAGUCGAUCUUGACAUCAGUUUUAAUGGCAUCGAGUCACUUCCUAAUAUCGGCAAAUUGACCACUUUGGAGCGUCUUUGGAUGACGAAUAACAACAUUAGCGGAUCUCUUGAUGAGUCUUUCAGAGACCUGGUUAAUCUGAAAGAGAUCGACGGGCGAUUCAACGCCAUCACUAGCAUUGACAAUCUGUCUCGUUUACCGCGACUAGAGCAGGUUACCGUCGGUCACAACUUGAUAUCUCGGUUCAGAGGAGCAUUCCCCCGGUUACGCAGUUUGCACAUGGAUCACAAUCCAUUGACACAGUUUGAUAUUGACAGUCCUAUGCCAACGCUGACUUCUCUCAAUCUUGCAUCUGGCAAACUAUCCCAAUUUCGGGAUGUAUCAUCAAGAACCCCCCUCUCCUCGUUGCCUGCCACUAUCGGCUGUCUUUCUGAGCUCAGGGACUUCAACCUGAGAGAGUGCAACCUCAAGGUCUUGCCGGAGGAAAUCUGGCACUGUGUGAAGCUGGAAACUCUCAAUGUCUCCACGAACCUGCUAUCAUCUUUCCCCAAGCAUGGAGCCCCACAGCCUUUGAUACCUGGAGAGCCGACCACGACUCCUGCCACAACUCCCGGAGUUUCUGGAACCCCUAACUAUGAGGAAUUGGGACCACUCGAUGAAAUGAAAUAUCGCCGACAUAGUCAAACAUCCAGCGGGGCUUUACCAUCUGGGGCAUCGCCAGGUGGAUCGUAUCGAAAUCCUUCGACGACACCAUCUAUUGGACAGUCGACAGCAGGACGAAAGGUAUCAUCAACAUCACGAACAGGAAACAUAGAACCAAGCUCAUCUUCCCGAAAGGAUUCAAACUUCUCACAGCAUGGUGUAGCAAUGAGCUUUGCCGGAUCUUUGCGCAACCUUCACCUUGCCGAUAACCGCCUGGACGACGACAUUUUCCGCGAAUUGGCGCGUCUCCCUGAAUUGCGUGUCGUCAAUCUUUCCUACAAUGAGCUUACAGAGCUGCCCCAGGGUGUUCUCAAGCGAUGGCCCAAUCUCUCCGAACUCUAUCUUUCUGGCAAUGAGUUGACCUCACUUCCAUCAGAUGAUCUCGAGGAGGGAAGCCAACUGAAGGUUCUUCACAUCAAUGCUAACCGCUUUCAAGUCUUGCCUGCCGAGCUAUGCAAAGUCAGCAAGCUCGCCAUUCUUGAUGUUGGAAGCAAUGCCUUAAAAUAUAACGUCUCGAAUUGGCCCUAUGACUGGAACUGGAAUUGGAAUCGGAGCUUGAAGUACCUGAACUUCUCGGGCAACAAGCGUCUCGAGAUCAAGCCCAACAUUGCAUCUCUGGGCCAACCGGUCACAAACGGAGCUGACUUGACUGACUUUACGUCUUUGACUCACCUUCGUGUUCUCGGUCUAAUGGAUGUCACUCUUACGAUUCCUACAAUUCCAGAAGAAAAUGAGGAUCGCCGUGUGCGGACUUCUGCGUCUUUGGCAGGUUCACUUGCCUAUGGUAUGGCAGAUACACUCGGCCGGACCGAGCACUUAUCCAUCAUCGAUAUGAUUGUGCCACGCUUGAAGCCAGAUAACGUCGAGACACUGAUGGGGAUGUUUGACGGUUCAACAAUGUCGAGCGGUGGCUCCCGGGUUGCGAAGUACUUGCAUGAGCACUUUACUCCGACAUUUUCUCAUGAGCUGAAGAAGCUUCAUCGGGAUCAGGAUGAGACUCCAGCUGAUGCUUUGCGUCGUACAUUCUUGGCUUUGAACAAGAACAUGGCUGGCUCAGCAUACAGAUCGAUUGAUGAUCGUGAGCUUCGCCAGUAUAACAGGCGAAACAUUGGUUCAAAGCAGCUCAAUCAAGAUGAUAUUCAAUCUGGCGGUGUUGCGACCGUAUUGUAUCUGCACAAUAUGGAUUUGUAUGCUGCUAAUGUCGGUGAUGCUCAAGCCAUACUUGUGAAGUCAGAUGGUUCCUUCCGCAAUCUGACGCAAAACCACGAUCCUGCUGAGCCACGAGAGCGAGCGCGCGUUCGUGCUGCUGGAGGCUUCGUGUCUCGCAAUGGAAAGCUGAAUGAUGUCCUACCUGUUUCGAGAUGCUUUGGCCACUUUCCAAUGAUGCCUGCUGUCAUCGCGGCUCCGCAUACCAUGCAUGCUAGUUUGACGGAGCAGGACGAAAUGAUCAUUCUGGCCUCAAAGGAACUUUGGGACUAUGUUGCACCAGAAUUAGUGGUCGAUAUCACCAGAGCGGUUUAUCCAGACUUGAUGUUUGCUGCUCAAAAGCUUCGAGAUCUGGCCAUUGCCUUUGGCGCGAACAACAAGUUGAUGGUGAUGAUCCUCGGCGUGAGCGAGCUUCAAAAGCGACAGAAGAAGUGGGCUCGUCCUAGCCUGUCUUUGGGUCCCUCCGCUUUCCCUGAUGAGCAGAUCAUUCCCACAACAAAAAUUCGCAAGCGGCCUCGUGAUGUUCCUGGAGAUUCUCGUUUGGCUCGCUUCGAUUAUGUUGAUGCCCCCAUCGGUGAACUGGUCAUCAUCUUUACCGAUAUUAAGAAGUCAACAGGUCUGUGGGAGACUUGUCCAGAAGCUAUGCGCUCGGCCAUUCAAAUUCACAACGACAUCCUGCGACGACAACUUGGCAUUAUUGGUGGUUACGAAGUUAAGACCGAGGGAGAUGCAUUCAUGGUCGCUUUUGCAACCACAACUGCUGCAUUGCUAUGGUGCUUCAACUGUCAAAAUCAGCUGUUGGAAGCUGAAUGGCCUACGGAGAUUCUCGAGCAGCCGCAGUGUCAGGUUGUCGUUGACAUGGAGGAAAAUGUUAUCUUCCGCGGUCUGUCUGUUCGUAUGGGUGGCCAUUGGGGAGAGCCUGUCUGCGAGAAAGACCCCGUCACCAAUCGCAUGGACUACUUCGGACCUAUGGUGAACCGAGCAUCUCGUAUUUCCGCUGUUGCCGAUGGUGGGCAGAUCUUCGUCUCGUCUGACUUCAUGACGGAUAUUCAGCGCAAUCUUGAGAUCUUUGCUGAUGCCGAGCGCUCUGCUUCUACAAGCUCAACCGAGAGCCACCCGCGUGUUGAUAGCCUUGGACAAAACAUUCGCCGGGAGCUGAACCAACUCAAUAGCCAGGGCUUCGUGAUCAAGGACCAGGGUGAACGAAAAUUGAAGGGCCUUGAAAACCCAGAGCCUCUAUACCUCGUCUACCCUCACUCGCUUGCUGGUCGCCUGACAACCAUGGAGGAAGCGAGCAAUGAGCCCAGCGGCCCAGCUACGCUAAAGCCCGGGUCAGAACUCGACCUCAAACCCGAACUGAUCUGGCGUCUAUGGGAAGUUACCCUUCGUCUAGAACGUCUCUGCAGCGCUCUUGAGACUCCCAUCAACCCCACACUUCGUGAACCAAACAUCGCCCUGUUCAACAUGGUUAAGAAUCACGGCGGCGAGCUCAACGAUUCAACCGUAAUCAGCCUAGUCGACCAACAAGUGACCCGCAUUGAACUGACCAUCAACACACUCUCCGUGCGGCACAUGAUGCGGCCCUUCAAGCCCGGUGACCGCCUCGAAGACCACGCCGUCCCAAUCAGUGAAGUGAUGCAACAACUCGCGACACAACUGGCCGAAUACAACGCCUUAAAAGAACAAAUGGCCAUCGCAGAUACAAGUCUUGCCGUCGUACCCCCAGCCGGAUAUGGUUCCCCAAUCCACAUCACCGCCAGUGGACAUAGCAACGACAUCUCCGCCUCCUCAUCCUUCCUCAACCUUUCUGCGGACAACCCACGCAACUUGGAGUUCCCGCACAACGCCCGUUAA